AAGCGCUUGCGAGCGAUACUGAUGAGUCUUUUUAGCGCUCGAAGGUUGGUUUCUCAAGCGUAUUGCGGGUUUAAGGCUGCUUCUUCGAAGAAACAGAAGUUUCUAUUGGAAAUGGCUCGUCCUAGUUCAAAUAUGGCUGAUUUUCGAGAAGUGUUUGCCAAAGCAAAGCAUAUAGCCAUUAUCACAGGAGCUGGUGUGAGUGCAGAGAGUGGAGUUCCUACCUUCAGAGGGGCUGGAGGUUUCUGGAGAAAGUGGCAAGCCCAGGACCUGGCCACUCCAGGAGCCUUUGCGCGAAACCCCUCUCGUGUGUGGGAAUUUUACCAUUACCGCCGGGAAGUGAUGCUGAGUAAACAUCCAAAUCCUGCACACAUUGCCAUUGCAGAGUGUGAAAAGCGACUGAGCAAGCAAGGAAGGAGUGUCGUGGUCAUUACUCAGAAUAUUGAUGAACUACACAGAAAGGCAGGCACUAAGCACCUCUUAGAAAUUCAUGGUAGUUUAUUUAAAACUCGAUGCACCAACUGUGGAAACGUAGCUGCAAAUUUCAAGAGUCCGAUAUGCCCUGCAUUGGCCGGGAAAGGGGCUCCAGAUCCUGAAACAGAAGAUGCCUCGAUUCCAGUUGAGGACCUUCCUCAGUGCGAGGAGGAGGGCUGCAAUGGGCUUCUCCGUCCCCAUGUUGUGUGGUUUGGUGAAGCCCUGGAUCCUGACAUUCUCACUGCAGUUGAAAAAGAGCUUGAUAUCUGUGACCUCUGCUUGGUAGUUGGGACCUCCUCAGUGGUGUAUCCUGCUGCUAUGUUUGCCCCUCAGGUAUCAGCCAGAGGAGUGCCAGUUGCAGAAUUUAACAUGGAAGCUACUCCUGCAACGGACAGAUUCAGGUUUCACUUUCCGGGACCCUGCGGGACGACUCUGCCGCCGGCGCUGGCCCGCCAUGAAACUGAAAUCAUCUCCUGAGCACCUCGGAGUGGCCGGGCCGGCGAGGAGUCAAUGCGGCAGGGG